AUGCUGCCCCGGCCGGUCCGCCUUCUGCACGGCUCCGUCACUCCCCUCUUCUGCCUCCUGGUGCUGCUGGUGACCUUGCCCCCGGGGGCGCCCACCUGCCCCAUGCUGUGCACCUGCUACUUCUCCCCACCCACGGUCAGCUGCCAAGCCAACAACUUCUCGUCGGUGCCCCUGGUGCUGCCCCCCAACGCCCAGCGCCUCUUCCUGCAGAACAACCUGAUUGGGGCACUGCGGGCGGGCACCUUCGGGCCCAGCACCGUCACCCUCUGGCUUUACUCCAACAACAUCUCCUCCAUCCAGCCCGGCACUUUCCGCCACCUGCCCGCCCUGGAGGAGCUGGACCUGGGGGACAACCGCAACCUGCGCAGCCUGGACCCCGACACCUUCCGGGGGCUGGAGCGUCUGCAGUCCCUGCACCUCUACCGCUGCCAGCUCACCAGCCUGCCCAGCACCCUCUUCCGCAGCCUCUUCAGCCUCCAGUACCUGUACCUGCAGGAGAACAACCUGCUCUACCUCCAGGAUGACCUGUUUGUGGACCUGGCCAACCUGAGCCACCUCUUCCUGCACGGGAACAAGAUCCGUGUGCUGUCGGAGCACGUGUUCCGGGGGCUGUGGGGGCUGGACCGGCUGCUGCUGCACGUCAACCGGCUGCACUUGGUGCACCGCUGGGCCUUCCGGGACCUGGCCAAGCUCACCAUCCUCUACCUGUUCAACAACAGCCUGGCGACGCUGCCGGGCGAGACGCUGGCCGAGCUGCCCUCGCUGGAGUUCCUGCGCCUCAACAACAACCCCUGGGCCUGCGACUGCCGUGCCCGCUCCUUGUGGGCCUGGUUCCAGCGCGCCCGCGUCUCCAGCUCGGCCGUGGCCUGCGCCACCCCGCCGGAGCGCCAGGGUCGCGACCUGCGCCACCUGAGCCAGGCUGAUUUCAGAGACUGCCCCCCGGCCAAUCACGCCCCGGCCCGGCCUGCGGGGGGCACCAAGCCCAAGUGGGGUGGGGAGGCCGAGGCGGGCCGGCCCCGCAGCAACAGCUCCUCCAACCACCUGUACGGGCUGGGGGAAGCCGGGGCGCCCCCUGCCGACCCCUCCUCCUUCUACCGGGACCUGCCGGCCAGCGACAUCCGCAGCCCCAAGUACGACUCCCCCACGGAGGUGGACUACUGGGCCGGCUAUGGUAGUGAGGAGGGCCGGCUCAAGGAGGGCUGCGCCGGGCCCGGCUGCUCCCCGCUGGACUCUGGGGCCUGUCGGCCAGGUAUCCUGCCCGCAGCCCUCCCCCCACUCCUGCUGCUGCUGCUGGGGCCCCCCCGGCUCUGA